AGAGGCAUCAACAUAGCAGCUUUCUGCAAAGAUUUCAAUGCUCGGACAAGCCACUAUGUUGAAGGAGUGCCGCUGCCCAUAAGAGUUUCUGUCAAUCCAGAUCGUAGUUACAAGCUUGUCAUUCACAGCCCCACAACAUCCUUCCUUAUCAAGCAAGCUGCUGGCAUCCAGAGAGGGGCCAUGCGCUACACUGAUGAGACGGUGGGCUGGAUAACGCUGAAGCACGUGUAUGAGAUUGCCCUCAUCAAGUCCAGAGAUCCUCCUCUCGAACUUACUCCCCUCAAGCAGAUUUGCGAGAUGGUUAUUGGCCAAGCGCGCUACAUGGGCAUCAAGACGGUGCGCGACUACGAUCCUGAAGAAUAUAAGGAGUUCCUGGAGAAGCAGCGGCUGGUGGUGGAGAGUCAGCUGCAGGAAUGUAAAGAAAAGAGAGAAGCCAAGUUGCUCAGGAAAUAAAUACACUCUCAUGUACAAUAACUUUUUACAUUUAUUUAGAUUUUUACGCUUAAACUCACUUCUGUCUAGAAGACGUCUAAUGGUAAUGCUGCUGGCCUCGUGUAAAGGGUUACUGCAUCCUUGCCAGUAGAGUCAAUAAAUGGCGUUCAGUAGCCCGGUAAAAAAUGAAGGUAAAUAAUGACGUUUAGCAUUUGAAAAUUGUACUAGUCGCCAUACUAUCCUUGUGCACGAGCUACUUUUUUCACGUCCAUGAUCUGUUGCCGCUUCUUUUUUUGUGCUCAGAUGACCUGAAAAAAAUUUGAACCGUUUGGUUCAUUGGCAUACCUUGCCUGAGAAUUUAAAUUCCGUUUUCACACUUUAAAUUUUAACAGGUAGGGUGUGCUAAUGAUUUUGUAUCCACGAGUAGAUUCUUUUUUCUGACGUGGAGGCAGGGAAGUUAAUGGCUUGUUUAUUUUCAUUCAUAUUUUCUGUAUUUCAAUUUAGACGCAUUAUUAUCUUUCCUUAAAUGUGUGCGUUACUUCUGUACAUAUUAGCUUCUAAGCAAUCAACUGGUGCACUCAAAUAAAGCAAAGCAAGUUGUU